UCAUACUGGCACACGCCUGCAGAAGCAGACGUUUACGACCGGCGAUCGCAUCAUCUUUGUGAGUGAUAUCGGUCACGUCCCUCUCGCAGCAAAGGGCACUGUCGUCGGCGUCCAAGUCAAAUUGAUCGAUAUUGUCGUCGACGUACCCUUCAUGGGUGGCCAUACGCUCAAUGGACGGUGCUCAGAAUACAGAGGACUUUCUGUAGAGCCCACGACCGUCCUCAACUUGACGCAGCAACAGUUUGCUGUCUCGACAAGGCCAACGCAGCCUGCUCAACCUGCCCGCGCACCCACGACUGCUCAGCGAAGUGCUCGCGACAAUUUCUACACGCCUGCGCAGCGUGGAGCAGCAAGGCGCAUCGGUAUCCGUCAUGACACGAGGCACGUCAGUACGUGGUGGCAGGGGUCGAGGCGACUUCUCUGGCAACUACCAGGCUGCAGCACGACAAGAGUCCAGCCAGGCUUACUUGCCAGUACAGAAUCCACUCGAAGCAGCUCUGGGUAUUGCACGCCAGCCAGCAGCACAAGCAUACAACUCCGUGCCACCUCCAGCUGCGUUGUCACACCCCAACGGCAGGGGAGGUCACCCUGCACGCGGAGGUGCGCCUCGAGGCAGAGGUCACACGAACGGCGGACCUCAGCAAAUCAUCAAUCGACAAGCGCCGCCGGUCAGUCCCGCCCGACGUGGCAGGCCUUCUGGCCACGGACACGGCGCCAGGGGCAGCACAAGAGGCAGGUCAGACGCGAGUCAGUUCCGGUCUCCACCUGCUUCUGUGGCGAGCUGAGAAGCUAGCCGAGCUGCACAUGAAGCUGCGAGUGGUAAUGCAUUAUCUGCUGGCGCUCUAUUGUUCGCUAUCGA